UUUUCAAAAUCAUGGCAAACAGAGGGAGAUUCAAAAAUAAUUUGAUCACACACGAUUUUGUGUUUGAUGAUGGACUGGGUUUAACAGUAAGAGCAAAACUGGUUGUUGAAAUAAUCAAGUAUUUAAUGUACCAGAGACAACAGCUCCCUAUGGCCUUAGAUCAACUGAAAAAGAAUAUCAACACGGACACGAAGGUGCAACAACAAACUGAAGUUAAGGCACGAAUGGACAAACGCACUAACAGAAGGGAACUUAAAAACGCCAUUAAGGCUGUUUGUAAUCUCGACCAAAUAUUUGACAUGAUCUCACAGGCGUUCGAAAUUUGUUCAGAAAUCAGAAGCGUUUUGAUACUGUUCGGAACCACUCCGGUUAGUCCUAAAGAGUCAUAUUUACUGACUCUGCCUGUUCUGCAUCCAGAAUAUGAUAGCCUUAGUGUGAGGAAUUCAAUUAAAUCUCUCUUCCAACAAAUUAUAACGCAGGACGUAUUGGGAGGUGUCAAGUCCAUCUCUCCAACAAAUAUGACUGUGAUGGUAAAUGCGCCUAAAAAUAGCGGAAUCACGUGGUUUCUUCCUAAACCCCAUUUCAAAGUUCCGAUUCGAGGUAGACGACACGUGUUUAACUUGAGUUGCGAAUAUCCGCAUCCAGUCAAUCACAGCAUUGAUUGUGGCAAUGAGACGGCAGAAAUAUCGGGAAUCGAACCGCUGGAAUCUUCAGCUAAUGACAUCUCGAUGGUGAAUUUCGCGACACGACUCUCGUUGUCUGGGGACGAGGAAUCUUUACAGGAUUCUACCAAAAGCCUACUUGAACCGUUUGACUUUUCGCAGUCAGCAAGCGCAACUUCUGUAACCGCCUCAGGCUCGUCUGAUUUAACCUCUAAUGACGUCACUGUAGUCUUAGAGAAAAACCAAUCGAACUCUUCUAUUGAUAUGGUAUGCAAUAAAAGUAUAAAUACCGAUGUCAUUGUAAAGGAUAUACCCACAGAGUUUGCAGCUCAAGCUUUACAUACAAACAUUACAGAGGACAUACUGUCAGCGUUUGUGUGGUUUCAAGCUCCCAUCUUUGUGAAGGGAUACAAGGACAAAAGUUCUAAAUCCUCCAUAUUCAUGUAAUAUAUUUAUUUUUAAAGCUUAAAGCACUUUCUUGUUGAAGCUUGGGUCAAAGGUCAAAGACUUACGCAAAAUAUUCAUAUACACGUACAUGUAUUUAUUAUUAAAGAGGUAUAGCACACUUAG